AUGGCGCUCGAGCUGGCCAAGACCGCGGAGGAAUCCAUCGGUGACUUCUUUGCACACGACGACGCGCUCUCACGCCUGGACCAACUGCACUGCCGCACGCUUGAAGCCGUGGAGAAGCUGCUCCAGGUUCCGCGACCGCAGGAGUUCACGCACAAUGUACUGGACCUUGCAGUGCAGAAGAUUGCAGAGAAAUUAGCCUGGAAGCUCCUGACCGAAGCUCACGCGAGCCCGAACAGCGUGGGCGUCCCGGCGCUCCUCGAUCUUUGCAUCGCGGGGGUGACCAAGAAGUUCCUUAUCAAUAGUACGCCGUAUAAGGUGCUGGAAGAUUUGAUGGAGGGACAGACUAUCAGUGCGUGCGAGAAGAUAUGGGAGCUACUGGAAACCCGCAAGGACAAACUCACGACGCCGGAUUUCAUCGCUGAGAAGGGCCGCACAACAAAGGCGUCACUAUGCUUGCUCCGGAUGUGCAACGCUUUGCUACGUCGCUUGUCGAAGACGCAUAACAGCGUGUUUUGCGGCAAGAUUCUGAUCUUCUUGUCGUUCACGUUCGCUCUGUCUGAGCGCUCGGCGGUCAAUCUCACGGGCAAAGCGAACGUGACGAACGUGACUGUCUACGAAGAUGAAGAGGCGUUUGAGUUGGCUGAAGCUUCCGAUGCUGCAAAGGUUUCGGAGGGUGCCGCGCUUUCACUGGAGAUUGAUACCAGCAAUUCUAGCGUCGAAGCUGGUCCUAUGGACUACAAGCUCUAUCGUACCUUUUGGGAUCUGCAGAGCUUCUUUCGCGAACACCAGAUGGUCGUCCAGUCAUCGGAGAACUGGGAGAAAUUUUUCACUGAAUUGGACGUAGUACUAGAAGCAUUUGAAGGCAACUCAUUCUCGCCAGAUGAUCUGGAGCGCUCACGAGACUCAAGUGGUGGUCUCAUCUGCUCAGCAGAUGUAGCAGGUCUCGGGUCAGCUAACGACUCCAUCAAGGUUGCAGCAGAGCAGCGUUCGCAAGAACAUUUCUUUCAGCCCAAGUACCUGACCAACAGCCGUCUUUUCAGACUGCAGCUCCGUGACCCCAUCUUGCGCGAGUGCAUGCUGACGCAGUUUCUUAUCCUUUUCAACGACCUCGCCAGGGCAAAGCCCCCUGCUGGUAGUACUACGCCAAAGACGAAGUUGGCUGCUUUGACUGAGCGUGUAGUUGCCUUGUUGAAGCAAACGCCAUUGGAUGGAAAAGGUUAUAGCGAGAUGGUAUCUUACGUUCUUGAGCGAGAGCGUAAUUGGGUCAAAUGGAAGCAGGAAAAGUGUCCGGGAUACGAAAAGUAUCCUUCUGUGACGGAGGACGAGUGUUUGGAGGCUCUCGAGCCAGCGGCGAAGCGUACCCGUCGGCAUUUGACCUCGCCGUUGUUGGAGCAGAUUUUGUCAGAGAGCUCGAAGCCAUCGCAGAUCUUGGAGACACUCAAAGGCAAAGAGCGAGCCUCUGAGGUUUCCAUAGCCACGUACACGAACUUGUUCGAAGAAGCUUGGAACCCUGAAAACGGCAUCGAAGAGCAGUACUGGCCAGACAAAGAGGAGAUGGUGUGUUGGCGAACGAUGCGCGCUGCAAUGAAGACAAACGUGGAUUGUUUGGACUUGGCGGUACAGGGUACGGGUUCGCUUGUCAAGGGUAUUCUUGACAUAGGUACCGCCGCGGCGAGCGAAGAAUCUACCGUUGCUUCAACGAUCAAGCCUGGAUGCGUGGAAACCAGUUUUGCGAAGGAAGGGGAUCACGGAGAAAAAGAGUUUGACCAUGGAGCGUCCAAAGAUAGAUCGUCCAGUACUAAGAAGCGAGGACGAAGCGACUCUUUUGAGGGUGCACAAAUUGAUGGUGUACCACCAGUGAAGCGCGAGCGUAUGGCACGCGAUCGCCGUGACGACGAUAUCGAGGAUGGCGAAGAGGCGUCAGCAAUAUAA